GCUAUUAUCUUAAGUCACCAAAGUGAAGUUGUGUACUCUAGCUUCUUCUUCUUCUUGGAUGGCACUACCGUUCCAGUGAAACUUUUGCCUUCUCAACGCAGCAUUACUUGCGUCAUUUUUAUUAGUAGUGCUUGGUUGAGAUUUCUAUGCCGAAUAACACGCCUUGAAUGUACUCUGGAGGGGCAAGCUCUAGAAUACGCGUGACCACAGUGCAAGCCGGAAGAAUUUUCUUUCACGAAAAAUCCCCCGACCAGAACGGGAAUCGAACCCGAACCCCCGGCAUGAUAGUGUGGGACGCUAACCACUCGGCCACGGGAGCACGUACUCUAGCGCCGAAUCGUAAUGAAAAUAUUCGGUGGCGGAGUUGCGCCGUGGCGAAUUUUCGUUCGGCAAUGAAACGAUUGCGAUGAGUUGUGAUGAUAUUGAAAGUGGAAUACAGCUGGAAUCCGACGAAUGCAUGGAAAUUGAGGUAGGUUCAGUUUGUAUUAAUCUAUGACUUCAGUAAAAAUUUUAUUACGACAAAAUUAAUUCAUAAUAAAAAUUGCGCUUUUUUCUGUGUGGCAUUCAUACCCCUGAGUUCACUUUUUAAAAACAUGAAUAGAAACUAUUGCUACAUGUUCUUUAAAUGUAUUAUUAAAAGAGCUUCUGAAUGUUUCCACCAGAACCCAAUGAUAAAUGGGUCUGAAAAGUUGAACGAAUUGGUAUGAAAAUAUGGAGAAAUUUGCGUUAGUGAUACUAAAGCCUAUGAUCAUAACGCGAAAUCCAACAGUCACAUAAUUUCCGUUGUUUCCUAUUAUAAGAAGAGAUGUCGACCAGGAAUAUCAUUUCAUAAUCAAAAGGGAUGAAACACGGUACGUGGAAUGGAUUCAACGGAUAAAAAUUGAAAAUCAUCCGGCUAAGCAGUUUAAAUUUCAGCAUGUCGAUAUUCUACUAAGUAAUUAUCAUCAAUUUUCACGUAUUAUUUUUUUCAGAAACAAAACGUUUAACUAAACUAUUAAUUUGUAUGGCUCGAACCUUGGCGAUGGUAAUUGAGGACAGGUUAAAAACUCUCAAGCCAUUAUUGUUCACCUGUUCAACACAAACGAGCAGCAAUUCAUUUAAUCCUCGACGACCAAACGAUUUUCUCCGGCAGCGAAAUUGAAAAUAUCGACAGAUCAAGAAAUCAUGUCUAUAUAUUUUUUAUCUGCUUCUAUAGAAAUUUCCCACCCUAAUUAAAAUAAACAUUAGAGAAAAUCAAUUUGAGUAUUUUAUGCGUCUGAAUAAACCACAAAAACGUAAACAUCGAUUAAAUUUUCUUCUACGCUUCAUCUGAUUCGCUACUCAAAAGUGUCGUUUGACUGACCGAUGAAAAAACACUUUCGUACGAAAACGAGGAUAGGGCAAUUCGUUCGAACGAACGAUGUUCGAAUGUUCGAACGGAUAGAUUUCUUUCGUACGAAACCAAGGAUACGAAUGAGGCAUUCUUUCGAACGUUUUGUGUUCGUUCGAAAACAAGAAUAAGGGUGUUUAUUUUUUUGGUUCGUUAAGUUAGUGUAUAGAAUAAUAUUAGGUGAUUAAUAGCAGUAAUAGACGAUAAUAUCUACUGUUUGCGCCACGCGGAGCGAGCGCAUACGUGUUGCGACAUGACCUGUCAUUCCAUUGCAUCACCCAGAGACGUGCGAAAGUGAGAUGAAAGCAGUAUCAACACAACAAACGAAUAUCACCCGAGCUAUCCGAGCGAAGCCGACAGGACAAAUACCCCACCAGAGCAGAACAUGAUCCAUUCCACGACGAUCCAUUUCGUUUGGAACACUAAUUUUCCGUACACCAGCCGAAACAAUUUCUAUCCUUUUCAUUCAAUCGCAUCACCGAGAGACGUGCGAAAGUGAGAUGAAAGCAGUAUCAACACAACAAACUAAUAUCACCCGAGCUAACCGAGCGAAGCCGACAGGACAAACACCCCACCAAUUUCAGGGAGUAUAAAAGUAGCAGAGCAGCAUAUGAUCCAUCUUUAUAAGUUUUUAUUCACCACGUGUAUUUAGAAACCAUUAGAGAAAGUUAUAGUGAAAAUUUGGACUUUGAAAACUAGUGUCGUUUUUUCCUACAGUAAAUUUAGUCAGACCCUUUCCAACCGGAGUACUAUAAGGAUUGAGAAAUGUGUACUGUGAAGAUGGCAUCCUCUUAUAAAAUUAAUUUAGAGAUGUGUUUAGAAGCGGUUAACAGUUUAAUUUCAACCAAGUGCCUAGAAUAUGAUUUCAAGUUAAAUUUUAAGAACAUGCAAGUAAUUUUGGAGCGUAUGGGAUUAGAUAAAACGAACUAUCCUAGUAUGAAGGUAAUCAAAAGCCUUCUAAUGAAACAUCGAAAAUCCGUAAAACGGUUUGCUCCUGAGAUUACUUUGCAGAAUUGUUGGGAUGCAGCGAAUGAUUUGAUCGCUAGAGAAGAGUUGGAUGAGCUAUUCGAAUUGAAUUCUAAGAAUCUGAAAGAAAUUCUUGUAGAAAUGGGAUUAAACGAAAAAUGCGCACCUAACUUAAAAAAAGUUAGGAAUAACUUCGCUUGUAAUCCAACAUAUAAGAAGUAUCGUGCAGAACGAAAGGUGAGAACCCUUAUAAUUGUUAUAAGCUUCCUGAAAUUAAUAAAACUAUUUUGAAAUUUUCAAUGUGAAAUCAUUUCCGCAGAAUAUUGAACAUUCAAUUGCCGCUGAAAGUCAUAACGUAAGUGUAAAAUAUCAAAUUGCUUUGAAAUAGUCACGCCAUACAGUAACUUCAAAUUUUUAUAGAUCGAUAAUUUCAAAGAAUGUUCUUUUGAGAAUGAAAGUGCCUGCUUGCCACAAGACUGCGUUGGAGUUCAUGAACUUUUAUUAAAUAAAACAGAUCAUAUGUCCGAAACAAACUCAUCUCCUUCACGUGUCGAAACAAGAACAUUAUCAUUUGUAUCAUUUGACACAAACGAUUUCGAGGAAUUGGCCGACUCUCAAAGUACUACUUUUGACGGCGUUGAUAAUACGGGAAAAGAUAACGAACAACCUCCAUUCGGAUUUUUAUUGAAAGGAACAGAUUUAUCGCGUGUCGAAAUAAAAUCAUUAUCCGUCGAGUUUCCUGCAAAAGUAUGUAAGAAAGGAAUGGAACUUAAUGCUCCAGAAAUUGAAUGUCGCAUUUUUGAAACAUCAGUAAGUCAAAUGCAAGAGAGAUCAACGAACGACAUGCAAGACUCGAUUGUUUCAUUUGAUACCAAUGAUCUUGAAGGAUCGACCAAAUCACAAGAUACUACUUAUAGCAGUGAUGUAGAUGUAACUGAACUUGUGUUCAAUACAACGGACUUUGAAAACCUACGAAAAGAGAUAAAAGAAAAAGGCAACAGUAACAGGAUCAAAUACAAUGUCAAGGUUGCGGAAUGUGGGGCAACUGCCACAAAAAGACUUUAUAGUGGUGCUUCAAUUUACGAGUGUUCUUUUUACAUCAACAAGAAGAACAUUGAAAUGUGUAAACAUUAUGAUCAACAUAAUAUAAUGCAAAGCAAAACCAAGGUUGGCGAUGCUAAAUAUAAGCAACAAAAGCAUAGAAGGCCUUUUAUAGUGGCCUUAGAAGAUUUGUUAAAAAUCAAAUAUGAAGAAUUCAAUAUCUAUUGUAUAAUCAAUAUAAAUUCUCAUAAUUGCAACAAAUCUGGCUGGCUAUUUUAUGGUGUCUGCGCUCACAAGACCUGCAGAUCUUAUCGUUUCAAAAUUGUUUCUGUUACGGAUGGUGAUAACAUAUAUAAAGUCGAUGUCUAUGUUAAUGUCGCUAUGACCCUGAUACACGGGGAAAACCUGAAAGCGGCAUAUUGCAAAGGAGUAAAAAGAAACAUAAAUAUGAAAAAACUGCAGCUCCAAAAACCACUUGAAUUACGAACUAAGUUGAUCAACGAAAAGAAAAAAAGGGAACCAUUCGAGAAGGUAGACAUUGUCAGCAAAAAUGUAUUGAAAAAAAUUAGCAGUGAAGCUAAAUCGAAGCUUAACAGGGAUAUUGAUGAUUUUCAAGAUUUGAUAAAAAUGUCUGAGGAUAACGGAUCUUAUAUCAAAAAGUGUUUAGAAAGCCCUUUGGUGUAA